UGAUGGUGUAGAGUAGUAAGAAGUAGACAGCCAUGCUGUCUUACAUGGUGCCUGUCGAGGAGAAGCCUCCUCCAGUGCCGGGCAAGGGACGGUUGGCGCUCGAGCUGGUGAGUUCACCGGGUAGCCCCGAGGCCACAGCGCGUCGGAUCAAAUCCAACAUCUCCAAGGAGUCGUCAACCAGUUCGUUCGCGAGCGACCUCACAGUCUCCUCCUCGACUCCGACGGGGGCGCUUGACAAGCCUAAACAUAAGCUGCUCAGCAAUGGCACCAAGCACACGACCUUGAAAAGAGUAUCAUUCGGCAGCUCUAAGGGAUCUAUGGUGGAGACGUUGAUUUACGAGAGCCCGCUUCAAGAGGAACCUGAGACCAGCCCCCCGCCCCAACUCCAGGAAACCACGUUUCCGUAUACGCUGGCUGAAGAUGAUUCCGAGCGUUCGAAAGUCCGCGUUACUUUUUACCAAGGGGUUCGUCCGCAGUGCGUGUCCCCGCCACCGGCGCCACAGGAGUCCCACGUCCUCUACGCGGCCUUGCUAUCCGCCGCCGCUAACGCCGACAUGGCCGAUCACGCCGCCUAUAACAGACAGAUCAGCACUGAAAGCGGAUGGGACAACCCAUUCCGUCCGGACGGCGACCUGAGCCGCGAAGCAGAUGAAAUCGUAUCGCUAAUCAAGGGAGGCAAACCCAUCACGCCCACGCCUACUGCCGCUCCGCAACUCGCCGGUGACGAAGAGGAGAAAGCUCAUGUGAACAACCUUAACACAAGUGCUCCUUCUUCACCACAAACUAAAGUGGCGAGUCCAGUGCAACAGAGCACACCUAAAGCUAUGAAUGGCACGAAGAAUGGCGCAGCAGUGGUCGAGGCGCGUCCCGGUCAAGUGGAGGUGCAGCGCUCGCUGCCGCAGGAGCCGCAGCAGGCAGAGCAUGUUACCAUCAAGAAGAAGCCCAAGUGCAAAUGCUGCGUCAUCCAGUAAACCGGAGGAAAAUUCGAAACUUUGCGCUUCACACCGAUCGGCACUACGAAACAUAUCGCACCAUUUGCUUUUCGGCCUUUAAAUACAACCUUAGAUUGCAUCUAACCUGUUCCCUAUUUUAAUGAUUAAAUGUACGUAUUUAUAGUUCAUAUAAUCGAGAAAUAUUUCUCUUAAACUCUACGAAUCUGCUUUUCCGAUUAACCAGUCUACAAUUUAAAUCUCAUUUUACAUUCUGACUUAUUUAAUAGAUAUUAUUGAGUAAUAGUACUUGUUACCUUGUUAUUUUGAAUUUAUAUGAUCAUAGAAAAGUGCGAUUUAGGGGCACAGAGGUUUGAUCAUCAUAAUAAUAAUUUUAUGUAUAAAAUGAUAUUCUAAGAUGUAACAAUAUGAAAGCAAUAUUGACGAAGAACUAAUGAGAAAAAAGAAAAAUGAAACUGGUGUUACUUAAAUUUUGUAUUUAGAAAAAUAGGAAUGGUGAAUCAUGGAAAUUGUGCCAAAGUUACAGCAACAAUUGGUACAUGGUUAAGAACAUUGGUAAACUGCUAUCAUUAUAUAGUUGGACGAUCAUUGUGGCCACAUAUUGUUACAACUACUCAACUAGGUAUUUAUGUAAUAAACAAUGUAAAAUAUUAUGUAUGUAUGUAUCAUAAUAAAUGUCUGGUAAUAAAUUUAUAGUAAUUAGCAUGAGAAAGGGGGAUGUCAGCCUCUAGCUUGGGCCUGAAAGCACCCUUAUUUCUUCAGAUGCGAAAGUACGUUCCUUAAUAUAGUUUUUUAUUUACAAGUAAAAUACUGCUAUUAAGGUUCUACGUGAACGGUAUUUAUUGUACCCAAUAUUUUAGUUCUUGUCACCAUUGUAUUGAAAGUAUGAGCAGCUAAUAUCAAUCAUGGCACCUAGUUAUAUUCGAUUGUUUUAUUUUGUGUUCUUGUUUUCGACAUUCUAUAAGUUUAGCAGUAUGUGUA